GUGUUGCUGGCGGAGCCGACGAGGGCCUCAGUGUGCCCUAACACAGAAAAAGCGUGGCCUCCCGCCCUAGCCCUGGUCCCCUAAACCGGCUCGCUCAGCUUCACUAAUUCUUAAAAGACGACCUCCUUAAUGUUCGGUUCCAGGAAUCGCCAAUGAUGCCUGAGAUUUGGCUCACACUGGAUUGAUCAUACCCCGGACCUCUAUGAUCAGGUUUUCUGAAAAUCGGGGUGUCGAGGUACCUUUUCAGAAGGGAUCUGUGAGCACUGGGCGGUCACUCUAAUGUUUGGGUGCAAAUAUGUCCAGAAACUGCUCUUUCCACUCAGGUGUUUUGUCUCUAUGUCAUGUCCUGUGCUUGAGAAGGCCAUAAAAGGGCACUGGAUCGACUAGAACUGGAAUUACAAAUGGUUUUGAACCAACAUGUAGCGGCUAGAAAUUGAACCAGGGUCUUCUGGAAGAGCAGCCAGUGCCCUUAAGUGUGACUCCGUCUCCAGCUAAACAUCGGGCCAAGAUGGAUGAUAUUGUGGUGGUAGCUCAGGGCUCCCAGGCCUCAAGGAAUGUCAGCAAUGACCCUGAUGUCAUCAAGCUGCAAGAGAUUCCAACCUUCCAGCCCCUUUUGAAAGGGCUCUUGAGUGGACAGACUUCCCCAACAAAUGCCAAACUGGAGAAGCUAGACUCUCAGCAGGUGUUGCAGCUCUGCCUCCGGUACCAAGACCACCUGCACCAGUGCGCAGAGGCAGUUGCUUUUGAUCAGAAUGCUCUAGUCAAGCGAAUCAAAGAGAUGGAUCUGUCCGUGGAAACCCUCUUUUGCUUCAUGCAGGAGCGCCAGAAAAGAUAUGCCAAGUAUGCAGAGCAGAUCCAGAAGGUGAAUGAGAUGUCAGCCAUCCUGCGCCGCAUCCAGAUGGGCAUAGACCAGACGGUGCCACUGAUGGAGAGGCUCAACAGCAUGCUGCCGGAGGCCGAGCGCCUGGAGCCCUUCAGCAUGAGGCCAGAGCGGGAGCGGCACUAGCAGGCUCCUCCUCCGCGGGCGCAUCUCCUCCAGCUUCGCCUGGGCCCUGCUGCUUGCCCAGGUGUGGCUGACCCACAUGGACUUUCCAGUGUGGUAGUUCUUCAUAACCCAAGUUGGGACAGUUGAAUAACCGGGAAUUCUGUAAAGAACUUUGCAUCAAGAGUUAUUUUUAUUUUGCUCUGAUUUUUUUUUUUGAACCUACAAAGUGUAGGUUGUCUAGCUACUGCAAGGAAACUGGAGAAAAUGUCAAGAAACUGUUCUCCUUGGCGCCUCGUGAGACUUUCUGCAGGCUCUCUGAUUUGUGGUUGUAAAUAUAAGCUCUAACUGGUUCCAGUUGCUGUUCCCACCCAAUGGUACCCAUCACGUCAGGGAGGUAUCUCUACUGUCUUCUUGUCCUGCCAGAACACCAUCUUUUUGUUUUUCCAGUACCAUGCUCCUUUUGUGGGUCAUUGGAAACUGAAGAGUGCCUUCAUCCACUCAUGAAGGUGUUUCCCAGUAGUACCUGCUUUUCCAUACAGAGCUCGGGCUUCUGUCCACCCAGCAAACCUUGGCUGCCAUGACAAGGUUUGCACCGACAUUUGCUCGCAUCCUCCAGAGGCUGUCCUUGUCUCAUGCAGAGACCCACUGACCGCCACUGCUCUGCCAGGGACACUAAAGAGGCUGUAGAGCCCCUGCCCGCCAUUGACGUCUGUAGGGCAUGAAGCUGAGAAAGAGCUCCAGCCCGAGGAAGGAAGAGGUGCAGUGAGUGCAGGGGACAGGCCUGAAGAUAAGCGCUGGGUCUUCGGGGUCUGCAGGGCUGGGAGUCUGCCACCUCCGCCGUCUUCCCUGUAUUCCUCCAGAAUCCAGAGAGAUUCUGUCAGGUGUCAGAAUAACCUAAGUUUUUUUUAUAAAAUUAAAAUGAAUCUGAUUAAUUUAUUGUGUAGCA